AAUGAUGGUGAACAUCCGAUGGAGGGCACCAACAAAAGGUCUUAUCGUUACUACGAGAGGGGUCACCCGCUCCCCAACAACUAUGUUCCUGAGCCCAAAGCCACGGUACCAUACAGGAACGUUAAUCUCGGUAUUCCCUCCCAGAGGAGAAACCCUGAAACUUACAUGCAGGACACUUGGAGAAGUGAAUCCCCUCAGAGAUAUUCCUACCACUCCAAUUUUAGAAGGGGGACUGAGUCAUUGAGGAACUCUCCAACACGCCACAGCUCAGUCAGCCCGGACAGACACAAAAGGUCGGACCACCGAAUGCGCUCUCUCUCCAGAAGUGAGGCUCGAUCUCACGGCUCUUCUCACCUUCACUCACGUGCGCACUCUCAGCAUACAUCUAGCAGGUCCAGUCCGUCACGUAGACGGGGUUCCUUCGCCUGUCGGACGAUGUCACCGUCUCGACGAACGCCUUCUCACAAGCGCACAGACUCCUUCUUUUCACAAACUGGAAGCUACGAAGCACAGAGAGGAUGCAGCCGAGAUUCUAAAAGCCCAUCGCAAGCUUCCAACGAGCAUAGUUUAGAUUCAGAAAGACUCUAUAGGAAUCUGGAGUACAUCUCCCGCCGCGCCUCCUCCUCUACAUUUCAACAGAAUCCAAACAAGGGAUCCCAAAGCUCUUCUCGGACCAGAGAAGUGUCUCCAUCCAGAAAUGGCUCACACAGCCAGACCUCCAGAGACAGCAGACCGAGCGCCUCCCCAGGCUCCUGGCAGGGAUCCUCACGGUCUGUACUCAGCAUGCCCAUCUCGUGCGGGUCUUCUGCUUCGAGAUGUGGCGCGGAUCACCGGGGGCCUGCCGCCGCGUCACCGCCUCACGUUGCAAUCACGGAAUCGGACGAGAUCAAAGAGGAGAAUACUAAGAUCAGUGGUGACAGAAGCAGGAGUUGCGUGGGGAAAGGCAUGGAGGCCUUGCUCCUUUCUGAACCCAACAGGGCUACACAAGAGCAGGAGGAGGUGGGGAUGACUAUGGAAGACUACAUCGUACUUGCUGACAUUCCGACAAUCCAGGUGGAGUCAGAAGAAGACUUUCCCGGUCUGAGGAGGAGGAACCAGAGUCCCAGUCCUUGUAGAGACCAAAGGUUCCGGACUCAAAGCCAUCAACCUCAGGUCGACUUCGACAGUUGGAAGUUUGAGUUGGACGAGAGAGGCCGAGGCAGAGAGCGAGGGAGAGACAGGAGAGAGAAGAAGGACUCCGAGAAUGGUCCGUUAUCACGAAGACCGUCGACCGCAUCUCUUCAUAAACAGAGUUCAGACAAGCAAAGCGAGGAGCAUAGAUCUGCAAAGGUGAAGGAGCGAGGGCUUCCCGACUGUCCACAAACAAAGAUGCUGCCACUUUGAAGGGAUGGAUGUCUCGACUUGAUGAAAACAACAAGUGGAGGAAACACUGGUUUGUUCUGAGUGAUGCGUCGCUGAAGUAUUACAGAGACGCCGAGGCUGAGGAGUCAGAUGAUGCGGACGGCGAGCUUGACCUGUCCACUUGUGUCACUGUAUCAGACUGGGAUGUGGAAAACAACUACGGCCUCCAAAUUCAAACAAAGAGGGCAGUGUUCACUCUCUCUGCAGUGACCUCUGGAUUGCGGCGGAACUGGGUGACGUUGCUGAAGCAGGCCAUCCAGAACAACAUGCACCAAUCAGAAAGCGCCAGCAAGAAAGAGAACCCCCUCUCCCGCGGCCCGUCGUCACGCCGACCGUCCGCUUGCUUCACCUGCUCCGACUUUGAGCCUGCGGGUUCCAACAACGCAGCCGCCCGCUCCCCUCGAGCCGAAGGUCGACACCCAGCGGCGGACGUGGACGUGCACGCGGAGGUGAGCUCGGGCCCGGACGGAAAAGAAGAACGGGAGGAGGGUUGGGACCGCGAUUGGGCUAAGCGGCUGGAGGAGAGGAACAAGUGGUUCGAGGACGGUGUCCCCUUCGGCGAGAUGGGCAGCAGGUGGGACUGCAUGGGACUGAAGAGGGGGAGUGUCCCCGUGCCUGUCAUUGACACCACGGAGUCAGAGGUCAGCAGGAAGUGGACGGAAUUCGAGCGCCUGUCAUUUAGGGACAUGAGCGCACGGUCGCUCAUCGGAGCCCAGGCGUAUCUAACGAGCACGCGGCAGGCCUCCGAUUCCCGCGUUGGCACCCAGACCCGUCAGUCGAGCGCUGACGAGGAUGGAGCGUUUGCCACCGCUUCACCAACUGACAGCGCAAAAGAGCCUCCCGCAACUGUAAACGGGUCGCCCACCGCUCUAACAAACACAGCCGAGGCCCUUCAAAAGGAGGCCCUGUCCCUUGAAAAGCAAACAGAGAGCGUUAAGAGAGAGCGCGCAGCCAUGGCGAUAAAAGUGGACAGCCCGUGUGGACCCGGGGCCCCCUGCGGGGCCCGGCUCGAGGCCAUGGAAGCGGCCCAUCGGAAAGAAGUGCUGGAGCUGCGGGAGAAACACGAGAGGGAGAUCAGCGAGUCGGAGGGACAAAGAGACAGGAUGCUGGAGGAGGAGCGGCAAUCUUCUGCUAAAGUCAUGGAGGCUCUGAGAGCUUCCCACAGAGAAGAGCUGGAGAAGGCCAGGAGAGCGCCUGGGGGGGACGCGCACAUGGAAGCAUCUCAUCGAGGGCACAUCCCGCCGGUGGACGUGUGGCACCGUGAUUUGGAUGUCUUAUGUGAACGUUUCUCUGAGAAAUGUCUGCAGUUGAGCCUCAACGAGCAGAGCAGCCAAAGAAGAGAAAGUGAUCUUGAAUGCAAAGAGAGCGACUUGCGACAGCUUUGGAGAGAGAACCAGGAGCUUAAAGCCAAGCUGGCGGAAGAGAUUAGCCGCAUGCGUUAUUUCAUCACAGGACAGAGGCCAGACGUGCUUUCCCUCUGCAACGUGGCAUCAGAAGUUGAGACGCUGCUCAGAGCCAAAGAGAAAGAGGUGCAGUCUCUUAAGGAGGAGCUCAGCUGCUUACAGAGUGAAGUCCAGUCUCUCACCAAGGAGAAGGAGGCAGCCUAUGAUCGCUACAAGGAGGUUUAUGGCGAGCUAAGUGACUUGAAGCGCCGAAGCGGGUUGGAGAUGGUGUCUCUCAAUCAACACUUGCGAUUGGUCAACGCUGCACGACAGGAGAGCGCAACGGAAGCCUGUGACCAAUGAAGAUAACUAGUAGAA